AUGAAGCCCGUCCCAGAUAACUACGGCAUUGUCAAAACAGCUGUCGGGGAAACAAGACUGCAGCCAAUUCCAACCCCACAACUUCGGGAUGAUUACAUUCUUGUUAAAACAAUUGCCGCCGCAAUAAGUCCCACAGAUUGGCAAACGGUAGAUGAACAAUCUAGUCCAACAACUAAGGGGCCUACGCUCUUGGGAUGUGAUUUUGUGGGGAUCGUGGUUGAGAUUGGGAAGGAUGUGAAGAAAGAAUGCAAGAAGGGGGAUAGAAUUGAGGGGAUGAUCCAUGGAGGUAAUGACAUCGAGCUUGAAGAUGGAACAUUCGCAAAAUAUAUUUUAGUCAAAGGCAAUAUUGCAUUUCACAUUCUAGAGAAUUUCAGUUUCGAAGAAGCUCAAUCGUUUGGUGUUAAAAUCACCACUAUUGUGUUGGGCUUCUACAAAUAUUUGUCUUUACCUCUCUUGACUUUUCCGCUGCCCAUGCCAAGUUCUGAGCGCAAGUUGCCCAUCUUGAUUUAUGGAGGAAGCCCAGCAACUGGAACCUUAGCUGUUCAAUUUGCCAAGUUGUGA